CUGGCAGGGGAGGGGUCGGGACCGAGACUGGGCAGCGGGGGAGAGGGAGCAGCUCUGCUCGCUUUCAACUUUGUCUGCGGCUGGCACCCCCGGAGGAGGCCGCACGCCGGUUGUGGGGUGCAGAUGUGCCGAGAGCGGCUCCCAAGUAGUUGAGUUGUGGAGACGAGGGCACGGCUGCUGAUGGUGGGCAGGUUUUGUUUUCCUUGGCGGAGCCGGUGUCAUCAUAUUCCGGUCCUGUGUUGAAAUAUUCUUUGUUUGGGUCUUGAAGUGGAGGCUCUCUCUGCACGUCCACCCUGUGCUGUGGUGGAGAUGACGGCUCUGGGGUGGGGUGGGGGUGGGGGCGAGGCGCGGGUCUCCAGGAUUUGGGAUGUGCAGUGCAGGUCCGGGUGUGUGUGGGCCUCGGCGCUGGCCUUGACAGUGAACUUUGUGGCUGUGCUGCUGCGGGAUUCGGAGGUUGGCCCCAGAGCUGGGGGGCGAGGCGUGCAUUUUCCUGAACAGUCCUUGUCGGGAAUAUCGGUGCUGGAGUUGGGGAAGUUAGAGAGGGAAGAACAUUUGUGGAUUAAUAAUUGAUGGCUGGAUAUUAGAAUCAGAUUAAUUUGGGCUGAUGAAAGUUUUUUUUUUUUUUUUUUUGGGUUCUGGUUUUUUGUUUUGUUUUGUUUAAAGCACUUGUGCACUCUAGGAAGAAAGCCUUCUCCUAGGCGCACCUUACAGGUUUUCUUUGGGGUGGGGAGCUGGCGUGUCUCCUUCAAGGGGGUACUCGGCGGCACCCGCAGUGUCGCUGGGGGCCUGGUGAGGGGACUGCAGUCCGGGCUGAGACAUGUGAGCACACUUUUCAGUGUUUAUGUCAUUUGUUUACAUGUGGCCUUCACUCACGUUUUGGGCAGUGGAAGUAAAUAGGUCAGUUCAGCUUUUGGUUUUUAAAGACUGGCCCUCUCCCCGCCCCUUUUAAAGUUUCACCAUUUACAUGGUUUGCAGCAUUGUAGGAAACUUAACACAUUUUUAUUGGAAAUACUAUUAUUUUAAUUGGGGUAAGUUUCUUCUCUUCUGUCUUCACUGGUAUGUGGGAUCUCUGUUGUGGGCUUGGUAGGGGUCAUUUAAAAUGUCUUUAGGAUGCAUUUUAAAAUCUCAGGACAUAUCUUUUGAUGGCAAAAGAGGACAAUUUUUUUUUUUUUGCUUGAAGUUAUCCUCAUGUUUGUUAAAAAAAAUCCUGUACUUAAAGACUUCUGUAGAUGUACAAUUAGCCUUCAAUAUGGGGCACGGUAGUGCAGGAAAUACUCAAAAUAUAAACAUCUGGCUAACGUGGUACGGAUAGGCCAGGUGCUCUUCUUCACAUGAGACUUUUGAUUUUGGUGCAUAGUCCUGUUUGCGUUCCGACUGGCAUUGCUUGGCUGCUCAUAAUAAAGGCUUUUGCUUGAGUGCUUUUGAAGGCUUUGAAAGUUAGUUUUUAGGUAAUUUUUGCAAGCAUAAUUUAAGCAUGUUGUGCUUUGGAUUCAGGCAAGUCUUUGUGGAACUGGAAUAGUAUUAGAUUAAAAAGACACCUACUUUUGCCCAGUUUUAUUUUUAAGAGGUAUAAAUGAUGGACGGGGCCCUGUUUCUUUUGGCUUUGAAGGGUCCAUCUUUUUUCCUAUUCAGUCAUCUGGAAGGACCUACCUCAGAAAUACUCUUCUUCUGCUUACAUGAAGAUCUCUAAAUGCCAUCCAGCAGGAGGUGCUACAGCAAGAGAAAGGAAAAUUUUCAAAUUUUGAGGGUCUUGCCACUUAUUGCAGCUCUCCUUAGCUUCAUCUAAGCAACAGGAUUAACACCUUAAAGUUCCAGAAAGAUUUUGAGGGGAUAGAGAGCUGGAGAGCCACUUUCCCCAAAAUUGGUUUCUUUACUGCAGGACUUCUCAGAACCUUUAAUAUGCUAAUGUGCAUUGUGAAUCUCCGAGAGGGGGAUAUGAUAUGCAGCACUCUUGAAUACUUCUAAUGACAGGGAGCCCACUACCUCAUAAGCUGCAGUGAGAAGAGGAGUUUGUUACUUUAAACAGAGGCUGAAGAACCUAUAAAUUAGCAGGCCUAAUAGAAAGUGGAGAAGGUAGAGGAUGGAGUUGCAGACUCUACAGGAGGCUCUUAAAGUGGAAAUUCAGGUUCACCAGAAACUGGUUGCUCAGAUGAAGCAGGAUCCACAGAUAUUUUUUCUUUCCAAUCAGAAUGCUGACUUAAAGAAACAGCUUCAUGAACUCCAAGCCAAAAUCACAGCUUUGAGUGAGAAACAGAAAAGAGUAGUUGAACAGCUACGGAAGAACUUGAUAGUAAAACAAGAACAACCGGACAAGUUCCAGAUCCAGCCAUUGCCACAGCCUGAAAACAAGCUGCAGGCAGCACAGCAGCCACCACUCCAGCUACAGCCGCCGCAGCAGCACCACCACCACCACGGCCAGCAGGCGGCUGCGCCCUCCCCCAGCUUGACUGCUUCCCAGAAGACUGUAACUACAGCUUCUAUGAUUACCACAAAGACACUACCUCUCGUCUUGAAAGCAGCCACUGCGACCAUGCCGGCCUCUGUUGUGGGCCAGAGACCUACCAUUGCUAUGGUGACCGCCAUCAACAGUCAGAAGGCUGUACUCGGCACCGAUGUCCAGAACACGCCAGUCAACCUGCAGACGUCCAGUAAGGUCACUGGGCCUGGGGCAGAGGCCGUCCAAAUUGUGGCAAAAAACACAGUCACUCUGCAGGUUCAGGCAACACCUCCUCAGCCCAUCAAAGUACCACAGUUUAUUCCCCCUCCUAGACUCACUCCGCGUCCAAACUUUCUUCCACAGGUUCGACCCAAGCCUGUGGCUCAGAAUAACAUUCCUAUUGCCCCUGCACCUCCUCCCAUGCUUGCAGCUCCUCAGCUUAUCCAGAGGCCCGUCAUGCUGACCAAGUUCACCCCCACAACCCUUCCCACUUCCCAGAAUUCCAUCCACCCCGUCCGUGUUGUCAAUGGACAGACUGCAACCAUAGCCAAAACGUUCCCCAUGGCCCAGCUCACCAGCAUUGUGAUAGCUACUCCAGGGACCAGACUCGCUGGACCGCAAACUGUACAGCUUAGCAAGCCAAGCCUUGAAAAACAGACAGUUAAAUCCCACACAGAAACGGAUGAGAAGCAAACAGAGAGCCGUACCAUCACCCCACCUGCUGCACCCAAACCAAAACGGGAAGAGAACCCUCAGAAACUUGCCUUCAUGGUGUCUCUGGGGUUGGUAACACAUGACCAUCUAGAAGAAAUCCAAAGUAAGAGGCAAGAACGGAAAAGAAGAACAACAGCAAACCCAGUGUACAGCGGAGCAGUCUUCGAGCCAGAGCGUAAGAAGAGUGCCGUCACGUACCUGAACAGCACAAUGCAUCCUGGGACCCGGAAGAGAGGUCGUCCUCCAAAAUACAAUGCAGUGCUGGGGUUUGGAGCCCUUACCCCAACAUCCCCCCCAUCCAGUCAUCCUGACUCCCCUGAAAGUGAAAAGACAGAGACCACAUUCACUUUCCCUGCACCUGUCCAGCCUGUGUCCCUGCCCAGCCCCACCUCCACAGACGGUGAUAUCCACGAGGAUUUUUGCAGCGUGUGCAGAAAAAGCGGCCAGUUGCUGAUGUGUGACACGUGUUCCCGUGUGUAUCACUUGGACUGUUUAGACCCUCCUCUGAAGACAAUUCCCAAGGGCAUGUGGAUCUGUCCCAGAUGUCAGGACCAGAUGCUGAAGAAGGAAGAGGCGAUUCCGUGGCCUGGAACUUUAGCCAUCGUUCACUCCUACAUCGCCUACAAAGCAGCGAAAGAGGAAGAGAAACAGAAGCUACUUAAGUGGAGCUCAGACUUGAAGCAGGAGCGAGAGCAGCUGGAGCAGAAGGUGAAGCAGCUCAGCACCUCCAUCAGCAAAUGCGUGGAGAUGAAGAACACCAUCCUGGCCCGACAGAAGGAGAUGCACAGCUCCCUGGAGAAGGUCAAGCAGCUGAUCCGCCUCAUCCACGGCAUCGACCUCUCCAAACCCGCGGACUCUGAGGCCGCCGCGGGGGCCAUCUCCAACGGCCCGGACUGCACCCCCCCUGCCGCCGCCGCCGCCGCCGCCUCCACGCCGGCCCCCUCCCCCUCCUCCCAGAGCUGCACAGCGAACUGUAACCCGGGGGAAGAGACGAAAUAACAGCACCUCUGGGCAGAGCCGCGGGGCCCGGCGGGGAGGAGAGCAGAACACUGAAGACCGCAGCUAAGCCAAGCCGGAUUUCUUCUGGAAAGUGCAGAAUUCUUUUGGUUCUUUGGUUCCAGAGAGAGAGAAGAUGCGUGUGCCAGGUGGCACCGGAGUUUGCCAAUUGACCUUCUCGUCCUGUGUGUACAUGCAAAGACUGGACCGUGUUCCAUGAGAUAGUGCCAGCUGGAGGUGCCCUGCCAGCACCAUGCCAAGUGAAAUAAUAUAUUUACUCUCUCUAUUAUACACCAGUGUGUGCCUGCAGCAGCCUCCACAGCCACCGUGGGUUUGUUUCUGUUUUGUUGGGUGGGGAGCAGGGGCGGGCGGAGGGAGGAGAGCAGGUUUCAGAUCCUUGUUUGCCGAGCCGUUGGUCGGGGUAGAGAAGACGAGUCCAAAGAGUGUGUGGGCUUUCCUGUUUCCAGACUUACAUGAUAAAGCCAAAAAAGGAAAUCGGCGGAGAACCAACCCCAGUGCCCAGGAGUGGGAAGGGGAGGACUGGGAGGGAGCAAGGGGCGGGGCCCUGUGUCACAUAAGCAGUAUUUACGAUGCCGGGCCGUGGCGGGGCGGCCCAGCGCCAGGAGAGGUGGACGCCGGCCGCCUCCCCGCGCUCCGCUCCCUGCCGGCGUCCCCGCCACCCCCUCCCUCCUUGCCUGGUGAAUCGCGCAUCUCCGUGGUGAUCCGUGGUCUCUCCCGCGGCCGGCCCACCGCCGGGGAGAAGGGCCCGUGUGUCCAGGAAGCCAAGCAGGUGGAUCAGUGAUUUUACUUGAAAACAAGCUCCAUCCCUUUUCUAUAUUUAUAAGAAGAGAAGCUUUGAGCGAAGCAGCACGCGACCCAGGUGUGUGCAUUGAAUGGGGACAUCGCUUUUCUUUUCUUUUUGUUUUGUUUUCGUUUUUGUUUUGUUCUGUUUUUUUUUUUUCUUCCUCUUCCUCUUCUUUAAAGAAGGGUUUAUUUUGUUGUUUACUUUUUGGUAACAAAAACUAAACUAAGGAAUAGAGAAGCUGUUUCAGGCUGACAGUAAGGGUAGCCGAGACCGUGCAUGGUAGAGUAGGCGUCUUAGUGCCAGUGAGGUCCAGUGAGUCUUCGUGAGUCCUGUGUCAGCGUCGGCCACUGUUUUUUUAUGCAAGGGCAAAAAUCUUUGUAUCUGGGGAAAAAAAAAAACAACUUUUUUUUAAAUUAAAAAGGAAAAUAAAAGAUAUUGAGGUCUUCCUAGUGUUACUUAAAUUAAGAUCAAGGUAAGAAAACAUUGUAAAAAAAAACUACAAAAGUGCUAUUUGUUUCCUAAAAACAGUGAUUUCUAUUAAAAAGGUGUCAGAACUGGAGCAAUGCCGUGUAGUUAUAAUUUUUUAGCACAGAACCUGCUGAUCAUGGUGACGUUUUGCUGUGUCUCUGUCUCUGGACCGGUGGGCCAGUCUCCAGGAAGGGCAGGGCGGGGCCCCCUGUCUUCUCCCCCCUCCUCUUGCUGUGCAGGGAUCUUGUCUCGAGGCUGGGAAGGCCACACGGGGUAUGCACGGCAUCAGGGCCCUGCCCCGCGGCCUCAGAUGUUGCUAGAGUGAAAGGCUGGUGCCUUGAUGAGGAAGACCCCUCCCUUGGUGCUGCUCUGUCUUCAGCCACCAGCAUUAUGAGCGCCGAGGGGACACCACUGAGGGCCACGGCUGGCGAAGCUCCUGGGGCCUGUGCGCCCUGCUCUGGGUGGGCAGGCGAGGUGGGGGCCAGGGCUGGGGGUGCUUAGAAGGAUCGAAGGAGUGAGAUGUCUUGAGGGGACCUCGUGUCUCUGCAGUCUGCCUUGCCUUUGAAGAGGGGUCUGAAGCUCGCUUGCUUGCUCUGCCUGCCGGCUCCGGGCACCAGAGAUGGAAUGUCCUCUGCUCGGGCCGCCCACAGGCUUCCUGGGGGAGAAUCAGGGUGCUUGUCUUGGCGUGGCCAGGGGUGGCCUGUCCUUGAGGAAGCCAGGGACCUGAGAGGCUCAGAUCAUCUCCCCCAUCCGCCUUGGGGCGGGGAUGCGUGCCCUGGCCCCCCGGUGAUGGGCCGCGGAGGACAUCCCGUUAGCCUCUCCUCCACCGGGUUAGGUCCAGGGACACAGAGAUGAGCCCUGAAAGCGGAUGAACCCAGGGAGAGCUGCUGCUUAGAGCAAAAUGAAUCUCACCCACACCAGCCACCUCCCAUGCCUCUUCCCGCGGGCCAGCACAGGAGGUGGAGUCUGGCUGCAUGCGCCCCAUAGCUGGGCCCCGGCUGCCAGGGACCAGAGCGGAGAGCCUGGUGCCGCGCCUAGCCAGGAGCCUGGGAGGUGCCUGGACUAGUUGUAGGAGCAGUUGGCAAGGUUCGGAGGCAGCCACGGGCCGCACAUCCUGUCUGGGAGCGCUCCCCUUGGACUUGGCUGUGCCCAUAGGCUGGGGGCUGCUGCACAAUGCCUGUCUCUUCUCAGGAGCAGGUGGGAAGCCGUGACACCAGGUGGGGUCACCUGCUGCUGGGACCUCACCUGAAGUUGUGUGAGGUGUGGUUUCUCCCCUGAAGUUCAGGUUCAGCCUUUUUUUGUUGCUUCAGCUAGUGUGGAUUGCAAGGGCAGCCCCGCCCCCAAACCUACAUGCUGGACUCAGAUUCCAAAACACUGCUCCCCGCUCCGUGCUGGCCAGUUGGUCUCCUUGACCUCCACUGUCCAGUGGGUGCCUGUGAGCACUGCCCCCGCUGCUCCCUCCUUCCCUCCUGCUAGCUCUCCCCCAGCCUGGAGCUGAGCGGCUGAGCCGAGGCCCGCUGUUGGCAGUCCCCAUCAGGCAGGCCUUGCCGCUGCCACCAUCCCUGCCUUGCACAUUCCUGAGCCUGCAGGUCAUUCUGUCUUGCUUGGUGCCUGCUGGGUCUUGUCUCACCUCCGCUGAGCUCAUCACCUCUGAGAUCUGCCCUUCCUUGCUAGGCCUUGGUAGUGAGCCUGCUGCUUGCACCUGUCUUGGAGUUGCUAGCUGGGGGUAGUCCCCGCGGGGGUGUGAAGUCAGUCUCCACGCAGCCUGGGCCACCUCCAGCUGGUGCUGUGAGUGCCAGCUCUCUGUCCCUGCUGCUGCUUGGCUCAGCCCCAACAGGCGUCGUGAAGAGGUGUGCACUUAGCGCAGCUCCUCCCAAGGGUGACCGCGUGUCCAGCUCACUUCCAGCCGCCUCUGGUACUCACCUCUGGAGAGGCCAUCAGAGCCUCCCUAGGCCUCAGGCCCCCUCCCCCAGCUCUCGCGCCCCCUGCACUCCUGUUGGGGAAUACGAUCCUUCUUGCUGAUCCAAAGGGCUGAACUGCUGAGACUUGGGGCUGAGGCUCUUAUGGAAGUAGGACGGAUGGUGGCCCAGGGACAUUUUUCAGGCCUGAGUUCUCCAGACUCCAGGGCUUGAUUGUAUAAAUGACUGUGGACUCGCCCGUUCCCCUUGGCCGGAGACAGGAGUCUUAUUCUCACCCUGCCUGUCCACCCCAAGAGCAGUGUGGGUGCCCCCCGGGGGGACUUUCUGGCCCUGCCACUGGAGUGGAGGGCAGGGAGCUGGGUGACCUCCCCAGAGCCAGGCUGGGAACUCUAAAGAGGGGAAGGCAGGGCUCCAAAUCCCACGACCCCAGCUGGGCUCUUCCCCCGCAGAGGGCUCCACCGCAGCCUGCAGCAGCCUUUGGGCCCUGCCUCCCCACCCCCCACCCCGGGUGUCCUGGGCCCUCAGCUGGCGGGGCGGGGCGGGGCGGGGCGGGCGGAGCCAGAGGAGAGCCAGCCAGACCCCAGUCCUGUCUGUCGUCUGUGCCCUCUGUGAAUUCAGUCUUGGUAGAACUUGUAUUUGGAGUUUCGUGCUUCAAAGUUUUUGUUUUUGUUUGUUUGGUUUUUGUUUUCAGGGGGUGGGGGGGAUACAGAGCAGCUGAUCAAUUUGUAUUUAUUUAUUUUAACAUUUUACUAAAUAAAGCCAAAUAAAGUC